AUGGGCAAUGUCUGCGCGUGCUGCAACUGGGGUCGUGGGGGCUCGGACUCCAAGGGCGCCAAAGCCAAGAAGGACGCGUGGUUCGAGCAGGAUUCCGUGCCGCUCGUGUCCGCCAAGCACGGUCCUGACGAUAACGACGAGGCUGAUGGGAGUCUGAAGAGGACGGUGCUGAUACGAUCACCACGGACUACACGAGCAUCGACCAGCGAUAUGGACGAACGCUCCAGUCGCCAACGAACACCUCGUUACAUCCAGCAGGAUGAGGAGGAGGAAGAGAUACAGUACCACGUUCACAGGGUCAAGUCCGCAUCGGUGGACUCGAGCAGAUAUAGUCGUCGUUCGAGGAGAUCGGGGCAUAAAGACGACGAAGAGCGUCCACGGAGUCGCAGCAGAGAUCGCCAUCGCCACUCGGACGACUUUGAAGACCGACCUCGCCACGAGCGAAGAACUGCCAGGUCGUCGUCCCUUGAGGUGCAAGAUAGUACUCGAGAACUGCGUUCAGCGUCCUAUGAGAUGCAGGAUAGUACUCGGGAACUGAGUUCAGCGUCUUCGGCAUCCGCACGCUCACAUCGAACCAGAUCUCACUCACAGGAUGCUGGUUCGUUCGCAGAUGAUGAGGUGGAAAGCAUAGGCUCCUCGCAUGGCUCGACCCGUUCGCACAGGUCGUCCUCUGCGUCAUCGUCACCAAAAGCGUCAUCGAGAGUUGAUGCUUCAAAGAAGAAACCGCGCUACGGCCGAAAACACUAUCGAGCGAACGUCAACCGUAAGUAG